UACCUGGGGUACAAUAACCAUUAACACAGACGUACAUAUUACCUAACUUUUUGCAGAUGAACACUGUUUAUUCAUUUUUCUCAUGGGAUGUAAAUUCUCAUUGGAAACGUGUAAGAAAAAAUUGGAAAAGUACUUCACUUUUAGAACUACGUUGCCAGAAUUUUUUGCUAAUAGGGACGUCAGAAGACCAGAAUUAAAAGAACUUAUCAAAGUAGUACAAGGAGCCGUCUUGCCAGAUUUAACUUCUGAUGGCAAACGAAUUUCAAUAGGAAGGACUGCAAAAUAUGAUUUCGAAACUCCAAACAUAGCUGACAUUGUAAAACUCGUUUUCAUGGCUGGUGACCUCAGAAUAAAGUUAGAGGAAAUUGUGGUUUUCGAUGUCUACGUUGUUGAUUUGAAUUUUCCUUUGGCGAAGCAUUUUUUCAAAGUAAAUCCGUUGGUUUUGAAAAACAUGUUUAUGUGUGUCCAAGAAGCAUUUCCUGUAAUAAUCAAAGAAGUCCACCUAAUUAACGCUCCGUUUUUUAGUAAAUUUGUUAUAAACGUAAUAAAGGCAUUUUUGUCACCUGCUCUAAGUGAAGUUAUUCAUGUUCAUACUUCCAUAGAAACGUUGUAUGAAUUUGUUCCAAAGAAUAUAUUACCGGAGGAAUAUGGCGGAAAUGCCGGAAAACUUUCAGAUUUGUACGACCAGUGGAUUAGAACUUUCGAGGAACAUCGUUCUUGGUUCGAAAAAGAGGAAAACAUUAAGGCCGAUUUGUCAAUAAAAGCAGUAAAAAGGGUAUAAGUGGGGACCAUAUUCAGCUAGACGACAGUUUGAGAAAUUUAUGUGUAGAUUAAAUGAAAAAUUGUUAUUUUACUUGUAUUAAUUUCGUAAGGUAAAUUCUAAUGAUUUGUAUGCAUGAUAAUGAAAAAUAUAGUGAAAAAAAAGUUUG